UAGCCUGUACUCUGUAGAACUAGGAGUCGUGGCUCGUGAACUCGUCGUGAUGGUCGUCACUCGUCACAUAAGUCUUAUUCAGUGCGCCUUUUGCUUUCCCUCCUAAAACCAGUAUUUUCUUCAUUUGAACUGAUUCCAAGCUUUCAAAACACUCAACAAUGGCGGUUCCAAUCAAGUUCUACUGGUUUUCCUUCCUUCUUCUUCUUCUUCUUCUUCUCUUCAUCGUUUUUCGACCAUUCGACUCCAACUCUUCCGCCGUCAAUUCUUCAUCUCCUAUCUUUAUCGACGCACAUUUCGCGCUUCGACGCUUGCUUGAAGUUCCCGAGCAACACAUUCUUCACUAUGACUUCUAUCGGUACAGUUGCCCUAAUGCUGAAAGCGUCGUCUUCCAGUUCAUGCAGAAUACUGUCACCGUCGAUAAUAGGGCCGCCGCUCAGCUUCUCCGCCUCAUGUUCCAUGAUUGCUUCAUUCAGGGUUGUGAUGCGUCUCUGCUUCUGGAUGAUAGUAAUGGGAACCCAAGUCAUUCAAUUGAGAGGAAUGCAUUUCCGAACCAAUCGCUCAAGGGUCUCGAAAUCAUUGACAGCAUCAAACAAGCAUUAGAAACCGAGUGCCCUAGUGUUGUGUCAUGUUCGGACAUCAUUUCUUUGGCCACUAGAGAUGCUGUCAUUUUGUCUGGAGGACCUUUUUUCCCUAUCCUCACUGGACGAAGAGACAGCCAAAUGUCAUACUUUGAUGAAGCGAAUCAGGAGAUACCAGGACCAGACAGUAACAUAACAGAGAUGCUGAAUAUGUUUUCGCAGAAGGGUUUCAAUGAGAAAGAAACUGUCAGUCUACUGGGGGCACACAACAUUGGAAAGAUUGGGUGUGAAUUCAUUCAAAGUCGAUUCUCCAACUUCAAGGGUAGUGGAGAGCCUGACCCUACAAUUCCUGAAGAUUUCUUGCUUGAGCUGAAAAGAAUCUGCAAUCCAAAUGCAUCUCCCAGUCCUUCUCCAUCCAGACUUAGGAAUUUGAUAGAAUCUGCCUCUGGGCUGCCUUUUCAUCAGUCUCUGGCGCCAUUUAUUUUCUCAGGGUCUGGCUUUGAUUCACAUUAUUACAAGGGCUUGCUUAUGGGACGGGGUUUACUCUAUGUAGAUCAGCAACUGAUGGCAGAUCCCAGGACUGCUAAGUUGGUUGAAGUCUUUGCAUCAGAUGAUGGUUCAACCUUCCGCAGAGAAUUUUCCAAGUCAAUGCUUAUGAUGUCCAAUCUUGUAUAUCUCACUGGCUCUCAAGGUGAGGUGCGAACCAGGUGUUCAUUACCAAACAGCUUUUGAUGAUUGCAGGUUCACCAAUAUCUCAGUAAUUUCAUAAGAUGCGUCCUCGAUUUCCUCCUGCUCAGUAAACUUCUGAACUAGUUCUUAUGCUUAUUACUACUCUUAGUAUGUGCUUGAAGAGGUAACUUGUAGAUCAUAUAGAGCCUCUUCUGGGAAAAGUUCAUAUUUCCGGCUAGUUCUGACUGACAGGUCUAGAUUUAUAUACGGUUUUCCACACUGUAACCGAUACAACUAUUACGUACAAAUCCUUGAUGUACUGUUUCUCAUCAGUCAUUGUAGAGGUGCGUUUCUGUGUAGAUUAUACAAACUCAGGUAUACAUUGUGGUUAAGAUUCACUUGGUUGAUAAGUGCAUAUGAUACGUCUUUGUAUUUGUUUGA